UUCGGGGCAGAGGAGGCAGCCUCCCUCAUAAAGAAGCCCUGAGCCCCAGCAGACGCCGUCCGUGGAGGAAGCCAAUCCAUUGUGGAAUCUGCGCCAGCCAGGCCAAGAAGAGGAAGGAGCUAUGGGCAACUCCGGCAGCACAGCUCCUGCACCACUAGGAAAGACCCAUGUUCCAGACUUAGAAUGGAAGGUUCAUGACUUCUCAGCGCUACUUGAGACGAAAGCUACCUCAGCGCUAUCUGCUCCUUUUCACUGCUCUGGGUACAAUUGGUGCCUGCAAGUAACUCCAAAGCACAAACAAGAUGCUCAAGUGACUCCAAAGCACAAACAAGAUGAUAAAGGAAAUCCAUAUGUUGCUCUUUCUCUUAUGAUGUCCCAGGGAUGUUUGGAGCCAGGUCACACGGUGCAUGCAGACUUUGAGUUGUCAAUAUUCAACCGUUCAAAAGGAAUGUAUUAUGGAUACAAAGCUAGCCACAACUACGCUUUCCAGAAUGGCUACUCGAACAAGGAAUGCUUGAUUUCUCUUCAGGAGCUACUGAAAUCAUCUGCUUUUCUAGUUGAUGAUAGUUGUGUCUUUGGUGUGGAGAUAUUAAAAAUUGAUGUCUCUUCUCCUGAAAAGAAGGCCGUCGUGGUUCAAAAGAAAGCUACCACUGUUCAGAACCUCUUUAUCCAGAAGAAGGGAUUCAUCAAAGGGACAUACACUUGGACCAUAAACAAUUUCCAAGAAUUGGAUUCUCAGAACUUUGUCCGUUCUCCUAAAUUUGAAGUUGGCGGGCACAAAUGGUACAUUGGCAUGUAUCCGCGUGGUGAGAGGCGCAGAACUGAUUGCCUCGCCUUGGGAUUGUACCGGGAGUCUGCGGAUGAGCUGUCCAGGAAGGUGGUUCAAAUUACUCUGUCCAUCCUGGACCAAAAGAAUGGGAAAUACCUCACUAGAACUACAAAUCUCUUGGUGUGUACACAUCCAGAAGGGUGGGGAUGGAUAGCCUUCUUGCCACUCAAGGAACUCCAGGAUAAGUCCAGAGGGUAUCUUAUAGAAUCGAAGUGCGUCCUCAAGGCAGAUUUCACUAUCUUCGGGUCAUCGAAUGAUGGCUAGAUCUUUGCCUCGUGGCCUGAUGUAGAGUCAUCCCACUACUAGUUUAUAUAUA